ACGUUGUUCUCGGCAGUUGGACAGACAGCUCGUGCGCUGGGCUGUGCCUCCCUGUGUGUGAUCCGAGCGGCAGUCGUCGUGGUUCUCCUUUUAGCUUGCUAGCCGUGUAUUUUUCUUUCCUCAGAAGACGUAGGCUGUACAGAAACACAUCAGGGCUCUUUACGUGGGCGGCAGUUUCCUCCCUUCUCCCUUUUCCUGUUUUUUCUUUCAGUUUUUGUUAUUUUUACUUUCUGUGAAGUUGAUUUGGGUGUAGAGAGGACAACUUCACCACCACAGGCUCUGCAACCAGUUGUUUUCAUGGUCUGGGGUCAGUCUGUACCCACUGACGGACACAAACCUUGUGGGUUUAAGAGAUCACAGGAGGAAACAUGAGCACAGCCAAGCCCAGUGGGCUCAAAGUGCCCAGCAAGAUAUCUAAGCCUCCUGGGACAACAGCCCCUAAGACCAACCCCAGCACAGCAGGAACUAAAGUUGCUGCGACAGACAAAUCAGCUUCAAGUGCCAGUGGAGGAGAUGCCCAGAGCGCUGGGGAGAGCUUCCAGAUUGGGGACCGAGUAUGGGUGAAUGGAAAUAAACCAGGCUACAUACAGUUUUUGGGAGAGACACAGUUUGCCCCAGGACAGUGGGCAGGGAUUGUUUUAGAUGAGCCAAUUGGGAAGAAUGAUGGAUCGGUGGCAGGGGUUCGCUACUUCCAGUGUGAAGCUCUGCGAGGAAUAUUUACACGCCCAUCCAAGUUGUCUCUCACAGAAGGAGAGGCAAAUGGAACUCAGACGGCACCGCCCUCCCGUGCUGCAUCACCCACUCCUUCAGUUGGUAGUGUGGCUUCACAUACGCCCACUACAAAAUCAGCUCUGCCUUCAACUACGGCGACAGCCAAGAAGGCCUCGUCCACAACGCCAGUUACACCUUCUUCCAACCUUGCUCGCACAAACAGUGAAUCUGUCUCCAACCUCUCAGAGACUGGAUCAGUCAAGAAGGGGGAAAGAGAACUGAAGAUGGGUGAUCGAGUAUUGGUUGGUGGUACAAAGGCUGGAGUAGUACGAUUCCUCGGCGAAACCGAUUUUGCUAAAGGCGAGUGGUGUGGUGUGGAAUUGGAUGAGCCUUUAGGGAAGAAUGAUGGAGCAGUGGCAGGCACAAGAUAUUUUCAGUGUCAACCCAAGUAUGGCUUAUUUGCUCCAGUACACAAAGUCACACGCAUUGGCUUCCCUUCCACCACGCCAGCCAAAGCAAAAACAACAGUUCGGAAAGUAGUGGCCACACCAUCAGGGCUAAAGCGAAGUCCUAGUGCUUCCUCCAUCAGUACCAUGAGUUCUGUGGCAUCUUCUGUCAGCGCCAAGCCCAGUCGCACAGGCCUGCUGACAGAGACAUCAUCACGGUAUAAUCGUAAGAUUUCAGGCACCACAGCCCUGCAAGAAGCGCUGAAGGAGAAACAGCAGCAUAUUGAACAGCUUAUGGCUGAGAGGGACAUGGAGAGAGCUGAGGUUGCCAAGGCCACUGGCCAUGUUGGGGAGAUGGAGCAAGAAAUAAGCCUGCUCCGGGAUGAUCAAGAGCAGAUGGAGACUAAGAUGGACCAGUUACGUGCCUUGGUAGAAGCUGCUGACAAAGAAAAAGUUGAUCUGAUGAACCAGUUGGAGGAGGAGCGUAGGAAGGUGGAGGAUCUUCAGUUCCGUGUAGAGGAAGCUUGUAUUACCAAAGGAGACCUGGAGACGCAGACCAGACUGGAGCAUGCCCACAUUAAGGAGCUUGAACAGAGCCUGCUCUUUGAAAAGACCAAAGCUGAGAAACUCCAAAGAGAGUUAGAAGACACUAGGGUUGCUACUGUCUCAGAAAGAUCUCGUAUUAUGGAGCUUGAGAGGGACCUUUCACUGCGAACAAGAGAGGUAGCUGACCUGCAGCUGCGUCUUGGGGCCCAGCAGGGCUCUGAGGACUCAAGCUCAACCCUUUCUCCCCUUCUGGAAGAGAUAAACUCUUUGAGGGAUCAGUUGGCUUCCCAGGAAGCUAAACAGCAAGAAGAGCUGGUGAAAUACAAAGAGAAGUUAGAUGUUCAAGAGAAGACCCACAGUGAGGCAGUUGCCCAGCUUCAGGCUACAUCUGUAAGGCUCUCUGGUGACAAUGAGCAGAUGCAGAUGCGCUUAAGCCAGGCAGAGAAAGAGAAUGCUGACAUAAUUGAAAACUGGCGUUCCAAGUUAGAGACUGCCAUUGCCUCGCACCAGCAAGCCAUGGAGGACCUGAAGGUAUCCUUCAGCAAAGGUGCAGGUGCCCAAACAGAGGAACUUGUAGAAACCAAAACUGCACUUGAAAGGCUAAAGGUGGAGCACAAGUUGGCUCUAGAGGAAGCUGGAGCUAAAUAUGAAGCUGAUGCCAGAGUGUGGACACGGGAGAUGCAGGAACUGAAGGAAAAGGUGUCGUCUUUGGCUGAGGACAAGGAGCGAUUGGAGGACUCACUACGUUCCAGUGUUGACAAAACAGAGGAGCAGCACCUUGUGGAAAUGGAGGAUGUUCUUGGAAAGCUUCAUGCUGCUGAACUUAGGAUAAAGGAGCUUGAGGAGAAAGAAGAUAUCUUGGCACAACAAGCCCAAGACAAGGACAAAGAAACCAAAGAGCAGAUGGCAGAAAUAGUGGCACUCCGCAGCCAAGUAGCACAAGGCAGCCAGGAGCUUGUAACACUAAAGAGUCAGUUAGAGGUGCUUCAGAGCCAAGGAAACGACCAGGGUACCAAGGUUAGUGAUUUGAGCUCUCAGUUGGAGGGCAGACAGCAGGAAGUCCUCUCUUUACAGCAGAGUCUGAACACUGUGCAGCAGGAGAAGGACUCCCUGGAACAGCAACUUGGAGGCCUGAAACAAAAGUUGACUGAAAGCACAGAAGAGCAGACAAAAUCAGCAAAAACUAUGCAAGAAACACUUGAGAAGCUCAGUAAGAAGGAGGAGCAAUGCUCAUCCCUGACCACAGAAUCAGAGUCUCUUAGAAGUCAACUUGCUGGGCUGGAGAGGAAGCUGAAGGCUGCAGAUGAUAGGCUUGAGCAGCUUUCAAAGGACAAAAGUAAGCUGGAAAAGGAUAUUUCAGACAUGAUGACGGCUUCUGGUGAUAGUUCUGUACAGCUGACCAAAAUGAAUGAAGACCUCAUACAGAAAGAAAGGAGGCUUGAGGAGUUGCAGAGUCAAAUAGCGGAGGAGAAAGAGAGGACAGCACACUUGAAUGAACAACUUCUGCAGGAACAGUCCCGCAAAGAGCAGGAGCUGAAGGAGACCAGAGAUGAACAUCAGUCUCAAAUAAGUAGCCUUCAAGAGAAGAUUGCUGAAUUGGAGAAGACUGUUCAACAGGGUGAGACCUUGGUUGAGGAGUUAAAGGCCUCACAAGAGAAGUCCUUGUCUCAGGCCUCAGAGCUCCAUGUGAAGGAACUUGAGGUGCUGCAGAGUCAGGUUGACAAGUUAAAACAGGACCUCUCGUCCUCCAAGGACAAAUCCCAGGAGCUGGAAAAGUUGGUAUCUGAGCUACAGCCUUACAAGGAGCAGGCCCAGUGUCUUUCUGCUGAGCUUGACACCUACAAGCAUGAUGUUGAACAUUUUUCCCAAAAACUGGAAAAGCAGAGUCUAGAUCUGGAAAAUGUGUGUAAGGAAAGAGAGGAUGUUAAGGCUGAGAAAGGCAAACUGGAGAAACAGCUUUCAGAUGUGCAGAGUAAGCUCUCUGCCCUUGAGAUUGCUCACCAGGAAGUUUCAGUCCAGAAUGAAGAACUGCUAAAAACCACAGAUCAGCUUUCAAAAACUAAAGAGGAACUACUUACCAAGAGCAAGCAUUCAGAUGAGGAAAGGAUUUCAUUGAACAAGGAGUUGGAAAAACUCAGAGAUCUUCUUGAGGAAGUACAGACUGAUAACAAAAACCUCAAGAAUGCUAAAAGUGAGCACCAGGUCCAAAUUGCGGAGCUUCGAAGACAAAAUGCAGAUAAGAACGACUUGCUCCUGCAGCAUCAGCAGGACAUCCAGCAAAUUGAGGCUAAAAAGAAGCAACUACUUGAGGAUUAUGAAAAUGUCUGCAAAGAGAAGAACCGACUCGAAGACGACCUCAAUGAAAGCAGGUCAAAGCUCACAUGUGAGAGGGACAAUCUGAUUUUAGAGAGAGAUUCUGCUAGGAAUGCCAAAAAAUCUCUUGAUGCUAAGAAUGCUGAGUUGCAGGCAAAACUUAAAUCUGUGAACUUAGAAAAAGAAGACCUUACAAUGAAGAAUACCCAGCUGCAGGCCCUCACAGAAACAUUGACAAAGGAGAAGGUGGAGAUGUCCUCUGAAAUCAGUGCUGUUGUGUUGGAUAAAAAGAGCCUUGAGACAGUCAAGGAGGAGCUCCAGAAUAAGCUCAGUGCUACGAAGAAAGACUUGGAGAGCUGUGUCCGUGAAUGUGAAGAACUUAAAGCCUCAAAAAUUAGCCUGGCCCAGAUGCUGGACGAGUUCAAGAUGAGCAGUCAGGUGACUGAUUCUGAAAAGCUUCACCUCCUGCAGGAGAAGGAAGACUUACUUGCAAUCCAAAGAAAGGUCUGUAAUGAGAAAGAGGAGCUCCUCAGAGAGAUCGAAGAAUUAAAGGAGAAGCUUCAAGUCUCAACAGAACAACUGUCUCAGUCCAACACGAAAUGUAAAGAGGCAUUAUCAUCUUUUGAGCAAGAGAGGCAGGCAUUUCGUCUUCAGAAUUCUGAAACUGAGAUGGCUUUACACGCUUUACGAAAGGAAAAGAUGAGCCUGGAUUCAGCAAUAGAGCAGCAAAAAAUGGAUUAUGAGCGUUUGGCAGGGGAGAAAGGAGAAUUCGAAGAGAAGCACACAAAAGCCAUAUCUGAAAAAGAUGCUCUGUCUCUAGAGCGUGAUAAGCUAGCUAGUGAUAUCCGAGAAACUAAGGACCAGUUAGAUAGUUACACCAGAGAAAAUGCUGUCUUAAUUCAAGAGAAGUCUAAUUUAACAACAAUGAUAGAGGAGACCAAAUGCCAAAAAGACAAGGUUGAAUCAGAGAUGACCUCAUUGAAACUAGAAAAUGCUGACCUACAAAAUGAACUGCAGAAACACAAGUCUGAUAUUAAAAUUCUUGAAAAGGAGAAAACUGAGCUUGUUCAUGGGAACAGUAAAGUAAAAAUGGAUUUCGAAAAGGGUCAUUUAGAAUUUAUUCAAAAGAUUGAUAUCCUUACAAACGAUUGUCAGCGCCUGCAAUCAUUGCAGACUGAGGCUGACAAAAAAGUGCAGUACUUGCAGAAGGAGAGUCAGGGGCUGCUUCAGGAGAUCCAGGACUUAAAAUGUCAGAUUGAAUCAGUGUCAGCGGCUAAGAACCUUCUUGAGAGCCAGCUACAGGCUGAAUCCAAUGAACGAAGUAAAGCAAUAUCUGAAAAGGAUGGUCUUUCCAAACAAAUAGAGGAGCUGCAGCAAACAUUGUCUAAAGUCAUACAAGAAAAUAAAGAGAUUUCUUCUAAACUUCAGAAUUCUGAUGAUGAAAAUAAGUCUUCUAUAAUGGAUAUGGAGGUGUUGAAAACCCAACUGAAGAAACAAGAGGAAGAAACUAGCCAGUUAACAGAACAUAGAGAACAGCUUCUAUCCAAGCUUGAAGAAAUGGACAAACAAAUGGCCCUCCUGACCACAGAGAAGGAAGACCUUUUAGCUGGACAAUGUAAAUUGGAACAGGACAUUUCUUCUCUCCACUCAAGCAAAGAAAGUUGGCUUGCAGAGCAGUCAAUACUCCUGGGAGAGUUAGACAAGUUGCACGCUAGCCAGAAUCAACUAGAGGUUGAUGUCAAGAACCUACAAUCUGAAAAGGAACUUUUGGAAAAUCAAUACAAGAAAGCUGUUGAGGAUGUUUCAGCUUCAACCACUGCAAAAGAAGAGAUUUCCACCAGCAUCUCAAACCUAACAGCUCAGAAGGAUGCCCUGCAGGUGGAGAGAGAUGAAGCCACCCAGCAAGUCAGGCAGCUUGAGUCCCAACUAAAAAAUGCCAUUUCUAAGCAGCUUGAGGCUGCAGAGGCCUCUGGCAAGACUGCUGAGGCUCUCGAACAGCUGACAAAAGAGAAAACCAGUUUGAUGGAGGAGAAGAAUAAAGCCCAGUCUUUGUUGAAAGAGCUCCAGAGCUCUAAGCAGGAGAUGGAGAAUGAGCUCAAAAAACUAAAGGAAGAGAAUUCCAAGUACCAAGAAGAUCUGAAUGUAUCCAAAGAGCAGCUUUGCACAGAAUCUCAGAAAACUAACAGUCUGUGCCAGGAAAUUGAGGAGCUUAAAGAAGCUGAUUGUGUGAAGACUAAGUCCCUGCAGAUGCUGCAAGAUGAGAACAACAAGCUGACUCAGGAGCUUGAUAACAGUCACAAAGGCCAGAGCGAUCUCUUGAAGCUCAAGGAUGAUAACUCCAAACUCAAAAAGCAGUUGAAGGAGUUUAAGCAAAGUGAAAGCACCUUGAAGGAGCAGUUUGACAAGGAGAAGGCAACCCUCCAGCAGUCCAUCCAUAAAAACAGUGCCUUAAUUUCAGAAAAGGACCAGCAGGUGGAAAACCUGAGGAGCGAGCUGGCUGUACUGCGUGGGGAAAGUGCCUCAGUUAAGACACUGCAGGGCACAAUUCAGGCCUUGGAGCAUGACAAGGCUAAUCUACAGGAGCGUGUUCAGAGACUGGAGAAGGAUCUGGCUGCCGGGCCUGACACCAUCAACAAGUCCUCAGGUGAUGCAGUUUUGGACCAACUAAGGGAGGAUAAGGAGACCGCAGAGAGUCAGGCAGCGAUUGAGUUCCUGAAUUCGGUUAUCGUUGACCUUCAGAGGAAGAAUGGCGAACUCAAGGACAAAUUGGAGACAAUGGCAGCCGCUGCUCUCAAUGGGAAUAAUCCAAGUGAGCUGGAUAAUUAUGAUAGCCAUGACAAGGAACCUGUGAAGAAGAAGCCUCCGCCAAGGCUGUUCUGUGACAUCUGUGAUUGCUUCGACCUCCACGACACUGAGGACUGUCCCACACAAAUGCAGGUGCCCGACUCCCCUCCACACACCACCUACCAUGGCAGUAAGGGCGAAGAACGACCCUACUGCGACAUCUGUGAGGUCUUUGGCCACUGGACCGAAUCCUGUAAUGAUGACCAGACCUUUUGAAGCCUAUACCACCUUUGUUCGCACAAUCACUAUAUUUGCACAUCAUGUUAGAUUAUGAGGUGCUUUUGGGGUUUUCGGUUUGUAUGUGUGUGCAUUUUGUGUGCUUGUUUUUGCCAAGUGUCUUUAAUGUCCACGCCAGUCCUUAAGCGCUCUUAUAAGAGAACGGCCUCCUCAGAAUCUCUUUCCAACAAUUCAGAUAUCCAGAAAACUAAUAUACAGCAGUUAACAGUUUGUAUUUGUAAUUGUAAAUGACUUUGGAGGAAAAAUGUUUGAUAUCCUGGGUUUGUGUGAGUGAGAAAAAAAACUUGUUGGAUGUGUCUUUGUGGGAGAACCGAUGGUCUUCUUCAGAUCAUUUAAUUUAUCAAUAUCCUAACAUUGUUUGCACAGCUUGUUGGGGGAUCACAAAGAUCAUAUAGUAUCAUAAAAGAUGUUAUUUGAAACUGUAAAUUACUUGAUUGAAAAACAAAUGUCAGUUUUCGCAAAAAAAAUGGUGAGCUAUAGUUUAUUUUUUUAUGCCUGGAAAUACUAUGUACUCUUUAAAGGUUUGAUAGUAUGUGUGUAAUUCUGUGGGAGGUAAUAAUCACAGGGAGAGACUUGCUGCCUGAAAGCAGCAGUGAAACCCAGUGCUUGUUUGGCUUUAAUGAAAACUUUUGUAUGCUCUUUAUGAAGGAACUGCUGGAUGAUUGGUAAGAAGAAAGCAUUGAUACUUCAAGCACUUCUACUACUUACUCUAACCCCUCAUUUUCAGUAAAAGGGCCUUUCCAAAAAGUUUCUUGGCAAUUAAAAGAUCAAUUUCCGUAAGAAACAAUGAAAGACUUCGGCAUUUCUUUAAAAAAUGUUUUGAAUAUCUGUAUAAGAAUAAAUGAAAUUUAUGUAUGAAUUGAAAA